AAAGUUGCCAGGGAAAGGAAAGAAAAACUCUCCGACCGAGACGUCAGCGUGUGACCGCCGCGGCUGCCUGAUUUAGUCGAGCGAAACCUCUAGCGGCGAGUGGUGGGCAGGGAACAGAAAAGCAUCAUGUUGAAGGUUUGCAUUUUGGUGCUGGCAACUGCCAGUUACGCGUCGGCGGCGGGCGUCAGCGAUGCGAACACUUUUGUGGACCAAGUUUUCCGGGAAAAGAUGCCGUUCCUCGUGAAGGGAUCGCCGCGGCUUUUCCCCUAUGCGACCAUCGGAGACUUCAGGUUCAAGGUGUACAAGACCCAGAUAACCAACCGUGACCUGAAGGUGAACAUGACGCGUGGCGAGAUCCGUGGCCUGGACACCGCUCUGCAGCGGCUUGGAGACUGCCAGGCGCCCUUCCUCCGCGACGGACAGACCGUUGUCUUCUGCAACCUUGCCAUGCAGGGACUCAACAUUACCUUCACUUCGCUGGCAAAAGGAGACACUCUGGUUGCCAUUUGGAAGACCAUCUGGGUGAACGUAGCUGUUAAGGAUACAAUGGCGCAGUUCGAAGCCAGCGCUCCUAUCGGUCGGGAUGGGACUCUCCGCACAUUCCUCAUCGAGGACAUUCGGCUGGACGUGACGUAUGACAGCGACUUGAGCCUUAACUCGGCCCGCAGUCAGAAGUUCAAGGAGGAAGUCGCGGCCAGAGUCAAGGACGAGCUGCGGCACAUUUUCUACAACGACUACAAGGACCUGCUGCGCCGUGCUGUGGAGUCGGUCACGUUCCCCAGGGUCUAACCGGACUUUGAGUGCAACGCGCGAGAUCGUUACAGUGACAGAAGUGGCCUUGACUCAGUCAUGCCACGAAAAUAGCAGUCUCAUUUUCCAGUCUUGCUGUUUUGGUCCCGUAUGCGAAACGUUCGGCUUUCUUGGCGAGAACACUUGCACCUAUUGUCUUUACCACUGUCUAGUUUAUUCAAAGAAAUUAAGCCCAAUUUACGGCUUACACGAGAAAAGUACCUGCAGCGUUUGAAUUGCAAGCCAACCUUUGUGUACUAUGCGCAAGUACAGCAUGGAGGACGCUGCGUUUUUACGUUCCUAAAAUAAAGAAAACAUACAUUCAAA